AGCUGAUUUCAGCUGAUAAGCUCUUCUCGGCUCGGAAAUAGUUGAAUGAAGUCUUCAGUGACCGUUAGAGUGUGUCAAAGUCCGGAGCUUCACCUAGUAAAUUGAUCAGGAUGAUUUGGGGUUGGAGUGGUUUAUUAUUUGCCAUAACGAUAGCAGUAGAUGUCCAAUCGUUGGAGUACACCUGCGAGACCCGUCAGAAACCUUGUACCCUGAACCAGGUCACACUGGUCACGGAAUCCGAACUCAAAGAUGCAUCCUUUCCGAGCAUUUUCGACCCGCUGACCAUCAGCAGUGGGAAGAUUCCGCACAUAACGCGCCAGUUGACCGAAAAGCUGGUCGAGAUAAGUGAUCUCACCAUCAAUAACCUACAGAUUGAAACGCUAUUCAUAAAUGCCAACAUGACUCAUCUGGAUGCUACACACAACAAGAUCGAAACGUUGCUCAUCGAUAGCCAAACGGAGCAGGGCUACGAACUGCAAUCGUUGAACUUAACCAGUAAUCGGCUGAGUAACGUGGCAGUUUUGGCCAAGUUUACUAAGCUUAGGGUUCUGACGCUGGAUGCAAACAACAUUUCCCGCCUUCAGAUGGACACAUUUGCCGAAAUGAGCGAACUGCGGGUACUCUCGGUGGCCAAUAACCCACUCUACACUAUUGAAACUGGCAUCGGCAUACAGCUGAUGAAGCUACGGCAACUUUCCUUUGCCGGAAAUAAACUGAUCGAGCUGGAUGUUCUAGCUUGGGAACUGGAGUCGUUGAAGGAACUAGAUUUGAGCAAUAACAACCUGUACUACUUAACGGGUAGCUUGAAGCAGUUCAAGGAACUGGAAAAGGUGCGAUUGGCAGGUAACUUCUGGAAAUGCGAGAUCUUAAUGGAAGUUACGCGCGUUCUAACGGUCGAAUAUGAUGUAGAUUUCGAGGGUCGUUGCGCGGCAAAUGACCUCAUGGAUGUUCACAAACUCUGCUGUACAGUGGAUGCUUCAAAUUUCCUCAACAAACCUGGCGAUACCGAGCUGGGCAUGUUCAGCGAUAAGUGGGACGAGCUAAAACUUCUGAACAAAACGCUACAGGAACUGUCACAGAACGACGAACAGUUUCAAACCGAAACACGAAGCAACGAAGCAGCGUUAAAGGAACGAGUCGAACAGCUGGAAGAGCUGCAGAAGAAACUGCUGGAACGAUUGGAAGCCAAGGAAUCUGCGGUCGCCCUCGAAGAAAACAAUGAGCUGAAAGAAGUGGUAGCUGAUCAUAAGGAAUCGAUAGGAAAGCUCCAGGAGAAACAAGACGAGCUGAAUUCCACUCUAGAAGAUUUCGUAGAAAGCAUCAACAAACUACGAGAAGAGUUGUCCGAAAAAGACACCAACAUCGAGAACCUCACCGAAAAAAUCGAAAAAUUAGCAAACAAUUCAAGCGAAGAGAAAUCUACUUCAACGAAACCAGAAAACAUCGAACGUCUCGAGGCAUCGCUGCGGCAGCUAGAGUCACAGCAGCUGCGUUAUCAUCUGUCCAGUGCCGAUUUGAAAGGACAAAUCCAGAAGGAACGAGCCCGGAUAAACGAACUGCAAAAGGAGUUCCUAAAGCUGGCCCGUGAGAACGAUAUCAUGCGGGACUCGCUGAACGAAGCCCAGGAACGGAUUGUGAUAGCCUUCAAAAUCAUCGAUGAACUGGCUGGGGAAUAGUGUGAUGGAUAAGAUCGGGAUUUGCAGUGAGAUCAGAAUAGAUCACAUUAAUUAGAAAAAUA